UGUGUGUCGUUUCUUGUAGAGUUGAUCUCAUUUUCGGCGCGACUUUGAACGAUCAAUGACACUACUUGGAUCCUUCGAUAAAAUAAUGCCAGCAUCUUUUAGAACAGAAGAAGCUAUAAUAGCAGGGGCUCUGUUCGAGACUCCAGUAUGAUCGCAGGCAAGGGCUAAUGGUCAUCAUCAUCAACGGCGCAACAACUGGUAUCCGGCCUUGUGUGAUUUCACGUCGCCUCAGAGUCUCCCAUGGAUGUAUAUCGAAAAUUCUAAAUCGUUACCAAGAAACAGGAUCCAUUCGGAGAGAAGUAUUUGGAGGAUCCAAGCCACGUGUUGCUACUCCUGAAGUCGAAUCAAGAAUCGAAGAGUUGAAGUAACAGAGUCCUGGAAUAUUCAGUUGGACAAUUCACGCAAAAUCGAUUGAAGAGGAUAAAAAUACGGCACCUUCGGUCAGCUCAAUAACACGCCUAUUACGAGGCGGUAAGCGCGACGAUAUUGGAACCGGAGGGAAUCAUUCAAUCGUUGGAAUACUAGGCUCUUCGUGUGAAGAUAGAGAUAUUGAAUCCGAACCUGGUAUUCAACUUAAACGGAAACAACGUCGAUGCAGGACUACAUUUUCUGGCGAGCAACUAGAGGAACUAGAUAGGACUUUUAGUAGGAAGAAAUACCCAGAAUUAUAUACUCGAGAGGAACUCGCUCAAAAAACUAAGUUGACCCCUGAAUGGGAUAAUUUCAGUGCAUUCUUUUCGAGCAGUCACAUGAAGCCCUACGGAAGCCACCAUGGUAAUAACCUAACUAUGUAA